UCGAGGAGGUGCGCGUGCAGAAACCAAAUCAAUCAUUACAUGUCUACUCUUGGCUGCGUCUGGGCUCUGUCGGCUCCGACGGGCUCGCGACGUUGCCCAAUGAUGCCCAUCGCCCAUUGGUUUCGGCAGCAAUGGUGCGUGUUCCCGUCAGAGUACCAGGAUGGCAUAGUCGUGCGUCUGUCAAUGGCAUGGUCGCGGACUGCGCAGUGGAUGCUCUGCACCGACAGCUCCGAGGUUGCCGCAUAUCGAGUCGGUUCCCACACGGGCUGCUACAUCGACGCAGCCAACUUCGCGCGUUCCUCUGCUGUUCGACGCGGUGGGGCAGCUCGUGCGUCGGAACAAGUUGCUGGCUCUAUGGCAAGUUCUACAACAUAGCCCAGGCCGAGUUCUUGGCAAGGGUUCUGACGGCGCGGAGCGGCAGGGUCGACCAGUGCGUCUGGUAUUUGGAGGGUAUCGUGACGGAUUGUUUCCUCACGACAUUCUUUUGCUGGGGAGCGAUGAAGGCCGCCCGCCCUGUUCUUCUGGAGCGCUGUGGAGUUGACGUGGGCAAUUACGAGGGUGAGCAACAGGGUCUUGUGCCAACAGCAGUUGGCAAUGAUGCUGCCGGCAGCAAGGACGGCCUCAUUGAGAGCAAAUAUGUUCAUGCACCCAUUUUAAAUGUCGACACGUUGAGCGCGUGGUUGCUGCAGGUUGGGAUCUGGAUUGGAAUUAUUACUGCUGUUCGGCUUGUCGUAACAACAUAUAUGUUCCUCACUCAAGAUAUGAUGUAUAUAUUUUUUGCUGGCGUGUUCACCGUACUGCACCUCCACAGCGAGUUGCAGAAGAUGAUAUUUGCUGUCUUAAUUUUUCCCGCGUUUGGUGACACAUUCCAGAUCGUGGUGCAGGAUUUCUUUCUCAAGAAGCCGAGAUCGUCCAGGCCUGCCUGCCAGCCUUACAGCACCAGCGAUAUAGAGUGAAGCCGUACGGGCGCAUGCACUAUUCGUCGUUUUGCGCGUGAAGCUGUUUUCUUUGCCGAAUAGGUGUCCAAUGUCCGCACCUGGGUUUACGGCGCAACGGUGUAAUGUAAUUUGCUCUGGUUUACAGAAUGCACGCCCAGAACGACGCGGGCAAGAUGUGGCAUCCGGCCACGGUUGCCGAUGCGGUCGUAGACAGUCAGUUCAGACUUGCACGUUUCACCGCCUGAUGCAGGUUCAGAGAUACAAUUGUCGGAGAGCCUUUUGCACAGUGAAUUUGAUUAUUUUCGAAAGUUGUGAGGGCUGGUGGCCACGAGACCAUGGCAUCACACUUGCCGCGGUGAACCACAUCUGCCUCGACCCACACCUGUGCGGCAAUACGGAAGCGACGCUCUCGAAAGCCAUACAGCAACGAGGAUCCACGAAAGGCCACAGGCAUCAUAUAACGUCACAUCUUACCCACACAGGCAUGCGAUGUCUUGAUUGUUGCAGUACGGGGUCGCUGAAAGUCCCGACCCCCAGGGCCACUUCUUCAUCCUGAGUCGUUGUGUUGACGGUCCUAGGGCUUGGCGAAGGCCCCUCGAGGCCGAAAACUGCCAAACAUUGUCCGUCGUGUUUUUUUUCCGCGGCGCGAGCAUGUCUGGGUCGCGGUCCACGGGGCAGCCGACCCUGCCGCCGCGGCACGUCGUGAGGCCCGCUUGCAGCUGUGCAUGGCGCGGCUCUCUUCUGGAUCGGAUGUCUGCCGUGUUGUUUACAGCUCUGGCCCGCGGCACGAUCGGUUCGCACCUCGCAGCUGACCUUAAUGAUCUUAUGUUAGUUGUUGUUGUUGCUGUUGUAGCAGUAGUCGUCGUCGUCCUAUUCUUCUCGCUGGGCGGGGCAAGAAGCCAUGAUAGUGAUGCGCUCCAGGAUUUCCCAGAUUUUUCCCGCACGGGCUCCAGAAAUCAGGGCCGCUAGAUGCACCCUGGUUCCUGGAAGGCAUGCUGAUCC